AUGGCAGCAGCCAAACGGGUCCUGCAGGUCCUUUGAUUGGUCCAUGUUUGUCAUCUCACAAACUACCUCCUCUUGCCAGAAAAUCUGGUUCAGAUGAUGUUAUCUGAAAGCAAGAAUUUCUUUGCACAUCUCUUUUGAGUCGGCUACAGAUGCAUGCUACAGCUGAGAAAACAACUUGGAUAUAAGACUUCCUUUUCAGGGGACCUAAUUGGAAAUGACGAAGAUGGGGCCUCUAAUUUUUCUCCUCCUGCAAUUAGGACUAAUUGGGACAAUCACAUCGCAAACAACAAUGGGUAACUUAAUGUCAAACGUAACACUACAAGAAAAUAACAGCACAACAUCAAACAUAACACUACAAGGAGAGACCAUCACAACAUCAAAUGUAACACCACAAGGAGAUACCAACACAACAUCAAACGUAACACCACAAGGAGAUACCAACUCAACAUCCAAUGUGACACCACAAGGAGAUACCAACACAACAUCAAACAUAACACCACAAGGAGAUACCAUCACAACAUCAAAUGUAACACCACAAGGAGAUACCAACACAACAUCAAACGUAACACCACAAGGAGAUACCAACUCAAUAUCCAAUGUGACACCAGAAGGAGAUACCAACUCAACAACCAAUGUGACACCACAAGGACAUACCAACUCAACAUCCAGUGUGACACCACAAGGAGAUACCAACUCAACAUCCAAUGUGACACCACAAGGAGAUACCAACCCAACAUCCAAUGUGACACCACAAGGAGAUACCAACUCAACAUCCAAUGUGACACCACAAGGACAUACCAACUCAACAUCCAGUGUGACACCACAAGGAGAUACCAACUCAACAUCCAAUGUGACACCACAAGGAGAUACCAACCCAACAUCCAAUGUGACACCAGAAGGAGAUACCAACACCACAUCCAAUGUGACACCACAAGGACAUACCAACUCAACAUCCAGUGUGACACCACAAGGAGAUACCAACUCAACAUCCAAUGUGACACCACAAGGACAUACCAACUCAACAUCCAGUGUGACACCACAAGGAGAUACCAACUCAACAUCCAAUGUGACACCACAAGGAGAUACCAACCCAACAUCCAAUGUGACUCCACAAGGAGAUACCAACUCAAUAUCCAAUGUGACACCACAAGGAGAUACCAACCCAACAUCCAAUGUGACACCACAAGGACAUACCAACUCAACAUCCAAUGUGACACCAGAAGAAGUUGCCAUCACAACAGCACUGAAUAACAACACAACACCAAACAUCAUAAAUGCCACUUCUGAUUCAGCAAUAUCAACAAUUACCACAACUUCAUCUCCAAUCACUACACCAACACAACCCGUUACUGGAACGUCAGCUCCAACCAGUGAAUUAGCAAUUCCAACCAGCUCUAAUUUCUCUCUUCCACUGAACACAAGCUCUUUUACAGCAACAGGAAUCACUGUAUCAACACAGACAGAAGAUAUAACCCUAACAACACUGCCAGAGACUUCACCUCUAACCACUAUGUCAAUCCCACCAACACUGCCUAUUAACACAACUUCAGGUUUGAAUACUGUCUCAACAACACCACCAACACUACCUGUCAAUGAAAGUUCAGCUACAACCACUUUGUCAUCACCACCAACUUCACCUUUCAAUAUGACUUCAGCUUCAAACAAUGUCUCAGAAACAUCACCUACACCUGCUGUCAUCUCAGCGUCAACACCAACGCCAGUGUCCACACAACCAACACCAUCUGUCAGUGCAAGUCCAGCUCCAACCACUUUGUCAACACCAUCAACUUCACCUUUCAAUACAACUUCAGCUUCAAACAAUGACUCAGCAACAUCACCAACACCUGCUGUCCUCUCAGCGUCAACACCAACACCAGUGUCCACACCACCAACACCAUCUGUCAGUGCAAGUCCAGCUCCAACCACUUUGUCAACACCACCAACUUCACCUUUCAAUACAACUUCAACUUCAAACAAUGACUCAGCAACAUCACCAACACCUGCUGUCCUCUCAGCGUCAACACCAACGCCAGUGUCCACACCACCAACACCAUCUGUCAGUGCAAGUCCAGCUCCAACCACUUUGUCAACACCACCAACUUCACCUUUCAAUAGAACUUCAGCUUCAAACAAUGACUCAGCAACAUCACCAACACCUGCUGUCAUCUCAGCGUCAACACCAACGCCAGUGUCCACACCACCAACACCAUCUGUCAGUGCAAGUCCAGCUCCAACCACUUUGUCAACACCACCAACUUCACCUUUCAAUACAACUUCAGCUUCAAACAAUGACUCAGCAACAUCACCAACACCUGCUGUCAUCUCAGCGUCAACACCAACGCCAGUGUCCACACCACCAACACCAUCUGUCAGUGCAAGUCCAGCUCCAACCACUUUGUCAACACCACCAACUUCACCUUUUAAUACAACUUCAGCUUCAAACAAUGACUCAGCAACAUCACCAACACCUGCUGUCCUCUCAGCGUCAACACCAACGCCAGUGUCCACACCACCAACACCAUCUGUCAGUGCAAGUCCAGCUCCAACCACUUUGUCAACACCACCAACUUCACCUUUCAAUACAACUUCAGCUUCAAACAAUGACUCAGCAACAUCACCAACACCUGCUGUCCUCUCAGCGUCAACACCAACGCCAGUGUCCACACCACCAACACCAUCUGUCAGUGCAAGUCCAGCUCCAACCACUUUGUCAACACCACCAACUUCACCUUUCAAUAGAACUUCAGCUUCAAACAAUGACUCAGCAACAUCACCAACACCUGCUGUCAUCUCAGCGUCAACACCAACGCCAGUGUCCACACCACCAACACCAUCUGUCAGUGCAAGUCCAGCUCCAACCACUUUGUCAACACCACCAACUUCACCUUUCAAUACAACUUCAGCUUCAAACAAUGACUCAGCAACAUCACCAACACCUGCUGUCCUCUCAGCGUCAACACCAACGCCAGUGUCCACACCACCAACACCAUCUGUCAGUGCAAGUCCAGCUCCAACCACUUUGUCAACACCACCAACUUCACCUUUCAAUAGAACUUCAGCUUCAAACAAUGACUCAGCAACAUCACCAACACCUGCUGUCAUCUCAGCGUCAACACCAACGCCAGUGUCCACACCACCAACACCAUCUGUCAGUGCAAGUCCAGCUCCAACCACUUUGUCAACACCACCAACUUCACCUUUCAAUACAACUUCAGCUUCAAACAAUGACUCAGCAACAUCACCAACACCUGCUGUCCUCUCAGCGUCAACACCAACGCCAGUGUCCACACCACCAACACCAUCUGUCAGUGCAAGUCCAGCUCCAACCACUUUGUCAACACCACCAACUUCACCUUUCAAUAGAACUUCAGCUUCAAACAAUGACUCAGCAACAUCACCAACACCUGCUGUCAUCUCAGCGUCAACACCAACGCCAGUGUCCACACCACCAACACCAUCUGUCAGUGCAAGUCCAGCUCCAACCACUUUGUCAACACCACCAACUUCACCUUUCAAUGCAACUUCAGCUUCAAACAAUGACUCAGCAACAUCACCAACACCUGCUGUCCUCUCAGCGUCAACACCAACGCCAGUGUCCACACCACCAACACCAUCUGUCAGUGCAAGUCCAGCUCCAACUAUGCUGUCAACUCAGCCAACAUUGGCUAUUAACACAACUUCAGCUUCAAGCAUUAUCGCAAUGACCCCCAUGUUGUUGACAGUUACGACGGGUUCUCCAACCACUACUACAACACCUGCACCUCCAAGAAAACCAGAAAUUCAGUUGGUGUUCAAAUUGCAACAAGAAUUUACAGAGGACCUGAACAAUCAAUCUUCACCUCAAUUCCAAGAACUAGCAACCAAUGUGACUACAGUGCUAAAUAGUAUUUACACAACAAAAUAUGGAUCCAUUUUCAAUAGGACCAAGGUUACAGGUUUCCGUCAAGGUUCGAUUGCGGUGGACAGUGUACUCAUUUUCAACAAUAUCACCACAGUUCCUAAUAACAGUGAUGUGGUAGCUACUUUCAUACAGGCUGCCAACAACUCUAAUUUCUCCCUCCCAGUGAACACAAGCACUGUUGUGGCUCAAAGUGUCGUUACAACAGAGGCCCCAACCACAGUUUUAACUUCACCCAUAGCCACUGUGCCAGCAACAUUCCCUUCUUUGAAUGUGACUUCACCUCUAACUAAUGGGUCAACAACAUCGCUACAAACACCCCUUUUCAACACAAUCUCAGUAUCAAAUGAUACCUCAGCAACACAAUCAACACCAACUGUCAAUACAACUCCAUUUGCUCCAAACAAUGUGACAACACCAACAACACUACUUUCAGCUCUAACUAAUGGGUCAACAACAUCGCUACAAACACCCCUUUUCAACACAAUCUCAGUAUCAAAUGAUACCUCAGCAACACAAUCAACACCAACUGUCAAUACAACUCCAUUUGCUCCAAACAAUGUGACAACACCAACAACACUACUUUCAGCUCUAACUAAUGGGUCAACAACAUCGCUACAAACACCCCUUUUCAACACAAUCUCAGUAUCAAAUGAUACCUCAGCAACACAAUCAACACCAGCUGUCAAUACAACUCCAUUUGCUCCAAACAAUGUAACAACACCAACAACACUACUUUCAGCUCUAACUAAUGGGUCAACAACAUCGCUACAAACACCCCUUUUCAACACAAUCUCAGUAUCAAAUGAUACCUCAGCAACACAAUCAACACCAGCUGUCAAUACAACUCCAUUUGCUCCAAACAAUGUGACAACACCAACAACACUACUUUCAGCUCUAACUAAUGGGUCAACAACAUCGCUACAAACACCCCUUUUCAACACAAUCUCAGUAUCAAAUGAUACCUCAGCAACACAAUCAACACCAGCUGUCAAUACAACUCCAUUUGCUCCAAACAAUGUGACAACACCAACAACACUACUUUCAGCUCUAACUAAUGGGUCAACAACAUCGUUACAAACACCCCUUUUCAACACAAUCUCAGUAUCAAAUGAUACCUCAGCAACACAAUCAACACCAACUGUCAAUACAACUCCAUUUGCUCCAAACAAUGUGACAACACCAACAACACUACUUUCAGCUCUAACUAAUGGGUCAACAACAUCGCUACAAACACCCCUUUUCAACACAAUCUCAGUAUCAAAUGAUACCUCAGCAACACAAUCAACACCAACUGUAAAUACAACUCCAUUUGCUCCAAACAAUGUGACAACACCAACAACACUACUUUCAGCUCUAACUAAUGGGUCAACAACAUCGCUACAAACACCCCUUUUCAACACAAUCUCAGUAUCAAAUGAUACCUCAGCAACACAAUCAACACCAACUGUCAAUACAACUCCAUUUGCUCCAAACAAUGUGACAACACCAACAACACUACUUUCAGCUCUAACUAAUGGGUCAACAACAUCGCUACAAACACCCCUUUUCAACACAAUCUCAGUAUCAAAUGAUACCUCAGCAACACAAUCAACACCAGCUGUCAAUACAACUCCAUUUGCUCCAAACAAUGUGACAACACCAACAACACUACUUUCAGCUCUAACUAAUGGGUCAACAACAUCGCUACAAACACCCCUUUUCAACACAAUCUCAGUAUCAAAUGAUACCUCAGCAACACAAUCAACACCAACUGUCAAUACAACUCCAUUUGGUCCAAACAAUGUGACAACAACAACAACACUGCUUGUUAGUUCAUCUUCAGCUUCAACCAUUAUGUCAACACCCCAAAUAACAACGGUCAAUGCAACUUCAGCUCACACCAAUGUGCCAACACCAACAACACUGCUUGUUAGUUCAACUUCAGCUUCAACAACAGUUACGACUAGUACUCCCACUACUACAACACUGGCCCCUAUAACACCAUUUGUCCAGUUAAUGUUCAAAUUGCAGGAAACCUUUACAGAAGACUUGACAAAUGUGACUUCACCUCAAUUCAAAGGACUAGCAACCAAUGUGACUACAGCGCUGAACAUUGUUUAUAGUGCCAAGUAUGGAUCACAGUUCAAUCACACAGAGGUUAGAGGUUUCAGUCAAGGUUCGAUUGUGGUGGACAGUGUGCUCAUUUUCAACAAUGUCACCACAGUUCCUAAUACCAGUGAUGUGGUAGCUACCUUCGUACAGGCUGCCAACAACUCUAAUUUCUCCCUCCCAGUGAACACAAGCACUAUUGUGGCAACAAGAAUUGCUCCAACAGAUGCCCCAACAACAACAGUAACAACUGCGGCUGUUACUUCAACAUCAACAUCCAAUGUGUCAACAACAGAAUCCACACCAAUCAUCAAUCCAACUGCUACGGCAACUGCUACGGCAACUGCUACGGCAACUGCCACUUCCAUUGCCUUAACUACCCAGCAUGUGACGUCAAAUGCUAUAGCAACUGCUACUCCAACUGCUACGGCAACUGCCACUUCCAUUGCCUUAACUACCCAGCAUGUGACGUCAAAUGCUAUAGCAACUGCUACUCCAACUGCUACGGCAACUGCCACUUCCAUUGCCUUAACUACCCGGCAUGUGACGUCAAAUGCUAUAGCAACUGCUACGGCAACUGCUACGGCAACUGCCACUUCCAUUGCCUUAACUACCCAGCAUGUGACGUCAAAUGCUAUAGCAACUGCUACUCCAACUGCUACGGCAACUGCCACUUCCAUUGCCUUAACUACCCAGCAUGUUACGGCAAUUGCUACAGCAACUGCUACUCCAACUGCUACGGCAACUGCUGCUCCAACUGCUACGGCAACUGCUGCUCCAACUGCUACGGCAACUGCUGCUCCAACUGCUGCUACUACAACCCCCACAACCACCACAACCACCACAGUCAUAUCAACUGACCCUCCAUCUCCUACUGAAGGAACCCUGAGAUUUCGGUUCAGUCUCAAUCAGAUUUUCACCUCAGAUCUCAACAACCCGGCAUCUUCAGCUUUCAAAAGUCUGGCCAGUAUGGUGAUCACAGCGGUGAACACCAUUUUCAAGAACACACCAAACUUCCGUCGUUCCCUUUUGAAUUCAUUCACGAAUGGAUCUGUAGUUACCAACAUGACAUUAGUGUUCAGCAACAAAUCUUCGGUUCCUUCUGCAAGCAGUGUAGUCGCAACUUUCCUAAACAAUGUAAAUAACACCAACCUGACUAUUGUACCGGGUAGCGUUUCUGGUGCUCCCAGACCAACUGCCUUCUCUCUGACUGCCUUGCUUCUUGCUUUGACAGUAGUAAUGGUACAGCUGAUGGCUAGCUAAUAGCUUGUGUCAUAAAUGCUUUGGCAUUGUUUUACUGUUUUCCAGUUCUCAUAGACGCAGACAUGAGAUACAUUAUCUUAUUUGAUGAAGUGUAUAAAAUAAACCAAGCUAACCUUAUUAACUUGUAAACUAAGUUUCUAUUUAAUGUAAAUGUCCCUAUGUUCUGAAUAUACACAAGCAAAAACACGUGAAUUAAGCAUUUUUGAUAUCUAAGAUGUCACAUAAUAUGCAAUUACCCUUUUAAACAAUAUUGAAGCGUUCUCCUCACAUAUGUUUCUAGACAAAAUGUAUGAAUGAAGCUCUAUGAAAUCCCCUCAUAUGGAUAUAAGAAAUUAUCAUCCUUGAUGUCAAAGUAAUAGUUGACAGUAAUCACCAAUGUUUUUUUGACAGUAAUCACCAAUGUUUUUUUUUUAUAAUCAUUGGGUAAAUAUAUUUAAUCUAUUUGUCUAUAAGUGUAUGUAACAACUGCACAUUAUCUCUUAGAUAAAAGGUACUGCAGAUACUGUUUUUCAAAGCCAUAGUCAAAACACUUGUGGGUAGCAGAAGACUUAUAUUUUCAGUGUGACAAUUUGAUAACAAUUUGCACGAGUUAUUUAAUUAUUAACUGAUUGUAACUCCACUUAUAUUUAAAUUUGGAAGGACCUUUAUGAUGUUCAAUUGUUAUUUUGCACUAUGAAAGUUGCUGAGGAACUAAUGUCAACCAUUGCAAUAUUUUAUAUUUCUGAAAAAGCAUUUUCUGUAUUUAUCUUUAUAAGAAUAAGUUAAGAAAAUAUGUUGUAACAUAAAAUAGACAAAAAUAAUUAUACAGAGAUGUUUGUUUCAACACAGUUGAAAUAAUAACAUUUUUGGUCACCUUUAACUGGGUAGCAAUGUGGGUCACCCCAAAUAAUACUAUGUAAUCUUUUAUUGAAAUAAACAUAUAACAUUAA